UCCAAACUUUAUUAUUCCCUUUCUGGACCCAAAUCAAGAGUCCAGGAGAAGUAGAGAAGUUCGAGUCUGAGAGAGAUAGAGAAAGAUGGAGAUCACAUUAAACAACGGAUUAAAGAUGCCGAUAAUGGGUUUGGGUGUAUGGAGAAUGGAAGGCAAAUCAAUCAGAGACCUUCUUAUCAACGCCAUUAAAAUUGGUUAUCGUCACUUUGAUUGUGCUGCUGAUUACCAAAAUGAAGUAGAAGUUGGGGAAGCACUUGCUGAAGCUUUUCAAUCUGGUCUUGUUAAGAGAGAGGAUCUCUUCAUUACCACCAAGCUGUGGAAUUCAGACCAUGGGCAUGUUACCGAGGCUUGUAAAAACAGCUUGGAGAAACUAAAGUUAGAUUAUCUGGAUCUGUACCUUGUUCAUUUCCCAGUAGCUACAAAACAUACUGGUGUUGGUACAACUGGUAGUGCUUUGGACGAUGAGGGUGUGCUGGAAAUAGAUACAACCAUAUCCCUAGAAACAACUUGGCAUGCUAUGGAAGAUUUGGUGUCGAAAGGCUUAGUUCGCAGUAUUGGGAUCAGCAACUACGACAUCUUCCUCACUAGAGAUUGUCUGGCUUACUCGAAGGUGAAGCCUGCUGUGAAUCAAAUCGAAACACACCCUUACUUCCAACGUGAUAGUCUCGUUAAGUUCUGUCAGAAGCAUGGCAUCUGUGUCACAGCCCACACACCAUUGGGGGGUGCUGCAGCUAACACCGAGUGGUUUGGUUCAGUGUCCUGUUUGGAUGACCCCGCUAUCAAAGCUCUUGCCGAGAAGUAUAAGAAAACAGUUGCUCAGGUUGUUCUCCGUUGGGGUAUCCAGAGGAACACAGUUGUCAUUCCAAAGUCGUCGAAACUUGAGAGGUUGGAAGAGAACUUCAAAGUGUUUGAUUUUGAGCUGACCAAGGAGGACAUGGAGUCGAUCAAGAAUGUGGACAGAAAAUACAGGACCAACCAGCCAGCCAAGUUUUGGGGUGUUGACCUUUAUGCAUAAUUUGGUUCAUGAUUAUGUUUUUGCAAAGACUUGCAAGCAGAAGUAGAAGAAUAAGUGUCCUAGACUGUUAAUUCUGUUAUGAAAGCUGAGAUUCUGAAUGAUAUCCUGCAAUGUUGAAUAUUUAUCAAAGUUUUACAUUACAGUAGGAUUUUUAAAUUGGAUCUUGUUUUAAUGUGUAUCAUAGAUUUAAGCCAGUGGCGAACAAACUGGACUCUCUGUCACGCAUAAUCGUCUAGUCCAUGAAUUUUAAAAAACUGUAAUGCUAAGCAACUGUACUGGUAACACUUAAAUAAUAUUGCCUGAAUAGAUACCUUGUAAAUGCACGAGACUUCAUGAAA